GACAUUUUAAAUUUGUUUUAGGUGUUUAAAAUGCAGAAAUCGCUUUUAUAUCACGAAAUAAACUAUUCCCGGUAUAUUUCAUCUUUAAAACGAGAUAUUCGAAAUAUUGAUAAACAAAAUAUAAACAAAGAUGAACUAAAUCUUUUUCAAAAGGUGAUUGAAAAGCAUCAAAAUAAAAUUGUUGAAAUUUAUGAUUAUAUCGAUGGAAAUCAAAUAGAUAUCGAUCUUUUAGAUGUUUUAAUAAAUUUGCCAUUAAAAUAUGAAUCAUAUAAAGUUUUAUCGCAACAAUUAAAACAUAGUUUUAAAACUUCUUUACCUGGUUUAUCAAAAAUUUACGAUAAAAUACAAGAUGUAACCGAAAAAAAUUACAUUUCCGCCGAUGUUUUAUAUUCUUCUUAUAAUACUUAUGAUAUUCGCAAAUAUUUUAACACAUUAAAACAAUACGGAAAACUAGAAAAAGUUUAUAACGAAUUUAAAGAGCUAUACGAUACAGAUAAAGAUGGCGCUUUAAAUUUAGAUCACAUCCUAAACGAAAAAUUGUUAGAAAUUCAAGAUAUUUGUAUAUCAUUUAAAGUUGAUGAAAGAAAAGAUUACACACUUUACAUGCAAAAAUUAUUAAAAUAUCUUCGAGAAUUCGCCAAAAUCCUUUUUUCCGAAAAAAAUAACGAAGAUUUAAUAUCGAAAGGAAAAGAAGUUUCCGUUUUUGAAAUUCUUAAUCAUAAGAAACCUGAUAUUACUUGCAACUUACUGUAUAGAAGAAACCUAGAUGGUGCUGAAUUCGACGAAUUAUUUUGCAAAUUAAAAUUAGAUCUUCCUUACCACAUAACGUAUAUUUCAUUUCCUCAAAUAACCUUUGAUAUUCGAGGUAAUAUUGAAUCAACCGUAAACUCAACUUUACAGAAACCCCGACAAGAUGUAAUUAAUUACGUACAACGUAGAAGCUGGUUCUUAGCUUUUUUAAUCAACAAUAUUCACGGUCUAAAUGACACAAAAAUUGAACGUAACGAAGUUCGAGUUAAAGUUUUUAUGAAUUUGAUGAAUUUACCUGAUAUACAAAGAUUAAAAAAAUUAUUUAAUAAUAAUGAAACUCUUACGAUUCUUCAUCAAGAUUAUAGUUUCUUUUUAAAAAAUUAUUUCGACGAAUUAUUAUUAACGAGUGAAUCUUCGGCUCUUUGCGAUGAAGGAUACAUUAAAUUAAAAUUACCAAAAGAUACAACUUGGAAGUGUUUGUACGAACUUGUACUUACAAUACCAGAAAAAGAUAAACACGAAGAUAUCGAUAAUUUAAGAGACAUACUUUUAUGUAAUUUAAUUAAAGAAAAAAAUGAGGAAAAUUAUUGGAGUUUUGUUAGGUACAUUACCAACGACGAUUUGAGAAUGCGAAUUAUUAUGGAAGAAAUGCAACAUUGGCCAGGGGAAUUCUGUGUUGACGUUUUGAAAUCGCAAAUUUCUAAAUAUCAACAUCCAAGUGAAAUUGAAAGAUUAAUGUUGAGAUUUAAACAACUUGAAAUUUAUAUUAAGAUAAAAGAUCGCUGUAAUUAUUUAUCAUGGUUUGAAGUGGAUGAACUUUGUGUUAAUGAUCCUGAAAAGGUUAUGAUAUCCAUUUUACAGACAACUGAUUUGGACAUUUUAAUGAAUUAUUUCUAUUUACAUCCACCACACGAAGAUUUAUUAUUAAAUAUAACAGAACAGCAUUUAUUAAAUUAUUUCAACAAAUACUCAUUUUAUAAUAUCCGCCAACUCUUAGAUAUUUUACCUAAAAGGCACUGCAUAAAUAUCUCAAUAAAAUUAUUUUCUCUUCUUAAAAACUUAAUAAACCUUAAUUUCAUCGUAAAUUAUCUUCUGGGAAUAAACGAAUUUGAUGUUUCCUUAAAAAACAUUCAAAUAUCAUCAAGAAUUCUCCAAAAGUUUACUCCAGAAGAAGUCGAACAAUCCUGGAGUUUAAUCGACCAACCUUUAAGCAUUUUAGAAAUGCUCCUUAUGAACACUCGUUUAGAAAAAUUUGGUGAAGUCUACAUCAAUAUUCAACACGAUAUUGAAAAUACCGAAUUCGAUGAAAGUGUGAUGUCAGUUGAAAAAAUUGAUGAAUUAUUACGGGAAUACGCCGAAAAAAGUUUAGAUUUUAAAGUCGUCGGAAGGACCCCACCUAGUGGAAGUACUGAAAGUAAAUUAAUGCUUUCAAUUGACUCGAAUUGUUUGGAACCGAAAAAAUUUCUCGUUCCCGAUAAAGUUCCGGAAAAAUCUAAUUGGAUUCCCGAUAACGAAAUUGACGAAUGCAUGUGUUGUCGUCACACCAGAUUCUCCAUGUUCAAUCGACGACACCAUUGUAGGAGAUGUGGAAGAGUGAUUUGUUGGAGUUGUUCGUCGAAAAGGAUGACUGUUGAUACUUAUGGGGAUGUUUUAGUACGAGUUUGCAACGACUGUUUUGAACAAACCCAAAAAACUGAAGGAACUAGAAUUAUUACGGAAGAAUAUUGGAUAUUAAAUGGAAAUUUAGAACAUGAUUCUUUAGUUCGACAAGAAUUUUCUUUCGAAAAUGCGCCAAGCGUUAUGUUGUGCUUAUCGAUUUUAAAACAUCAUUCGAAAUCCGAAGAAUAUCCGAAAUUUUUACUUCAACAAUGUGAAAAUAUACUCACUAUAUUAAGGCCACACAAAUAUAAAAGAUCAGAAGAAAUUGACUAUAAUUUAAUAAUUAAAAUGCUUAAAGCUUUGGCGAUUGCUGCAAAAGUGAUGUCAAAUCAAUGUAUGUUUCAAUGGGGAGCAUCUUUAGCGGAUAAAAUCAUGUCGCAAGCGGAAAUGUUGGGUCUAUUAGCGGAGAAUAGAUAUUUAGAUUUAUUACCACCUCCUUCUCAAACACAGUCGUCUCAUUUAAAUACUUCUGUUUUGCGGAGUGUUAGAGAUAAGUUAUUAGAAUUGGAACAAUGGAGUUUAGGGUUGGAAGUUUCUACAAAGGCUGGAUUAGAUACAACUGGAAUAUUUGCCAUGUGGGGUAAAAGUUUUCUUCAAGCAGGAAACCUUCAAUUAGCUCGCCAAAAAUUUAAAAUGUGCUUCGAAAAAACCACCCAUUUCGAUUUGGAUCGAUUGAGUCUUUCAGAAAAUCAGUCUCUUCGUUCAAACCGUUCUUAUUACCGAACUUUAACGGAUAAUAAAAAAAUUCUAAAAGACCCGCUUCUUUUAACCGAAAUAGUACAAAUUCUUGAAUCGAAAAUAGACAGGAUUAAUCCGAAAUUAUACAAACAAUUUCCUUCAACUAGAUCAAUGUACGAAUCGACCUCAAGCCUUGCUAGUGUUUCGACAAUACUAAACGAUCAAAAGUAUCAAAAUGAAGAUGCUGUAUGUAUUAUGAACGAUCUAUUAAGUUUGGAAGCGAUCGAGCAAGGAAAUUACGCCCCAAGUAAUUUUACGAUUGAUGAAAAUUGCGAAUUUUAUAAACCGCAUAUUGAAAAUAUUUUCUAUGAAGAAUGUGUGUAUUAUUUGAAUAAAUACGGAAGCGCGAUAAGUUUAUGCCAAUUUUAUGUUCGUCAUAAGGAUUUUUCCGAAGCACUUCUUUUUAUACACAAAAAUAAAUUAAGUAAAGAUAUUUUUAUAGAAAUUUAUAUCGAUUGUUUAAAAGAAGGUGUAAUCGAAUUACUUCAUAACGCAAUCGUUAAAAUCGAUCCUUCCUUCGACAUUUGGAAAGAAUAUAUCAAAAGUCUUUGCAUUUACAUGGAAAAACAGGCCAUGUUUAAUAGUUUGUAUCAGCUUCAGCAAUUUAUUGGUGAUUUCGUUCGCGCCGCUUUAACAUGUAUUAAAUUUUAUUCAUCUGACGUGACCAGUUUUUCUGAAUUAAAUACGAGAAACGAAUUUCUUUAUAAAGCGCAAGAACAUCUGAAGCAAGUUUUAGAACAAGAACAAUGGGUUGAUGUUACUACAGUUAAAACUAGUUUUUAUGGUUCGUUUUUAGAAGAAAAACCUAUUACAAAUGCAGCUCUUGUUAUGAAGUUGGACCAUAAAUCUGUAAAUUUACAUAUUAAUACGAUUGAUAAGCAAGUUGAGGUUGUUAAAUAUUUAAGUAAAUUUGAAAAUUCAGAAAAAACUGUGUUUGAUGUUAUAAAUGAUAUUUUAAUGGAAGAAAAUAAAUCAUUAACGAUUCCUACAUUAUUUGGAAAUGGAUAUGAAAAAAUAUUAAUUGCGGUUUUAUGUAUAGUUAUAAGUGAUAAUAUUUCUGAGGGUUUUAAUAUUACACAAAGCAUAAUUAAAGAUUAUAAAAUUAAAGCGACAAAAGUAUACCCUGAAGUAGGAAAAUUACUGGCUAAAAGACGAAAACUUGACGCUAUUCGUGACUUAGUAAACUGUAUGUACACUGAAAAUCAUAUGGUUAACAUCUGUGAUGAAAUGUUAGUGUUAACUGCCAAGGCCUUGGCACAAUACGAAGGCAGCGAUGCUGAAAUUGAAACAACUAUUAAACUUAUUUCGAAUCAUAAUAUCAAGAUAAACACGUAUAUAGAAACAAGACAGCUUCGAAGUGGAUUUCUUUUAGCAGCUAAACACAAUAAAACCUGUGAUGUGAUGAGAAUUUGUAGGGAGGCAGAAAUUUUAAAUCGACAAGAUGUGAUAAAGUUGUGUGAAAAAUAUUUGGAAUCACAUCCACAACCAAGUUUGAAAUAACUUUUAAAGAUUGUAUUAUAAAGAAGAAUUAUAAUGUGUACCAAAACAAUAUCUUAACAAAGGAAAUAAUUUUUUUUGAACAGAAA